AUGAGAUUAGGUCUGAUUGGCAUAUUCGCAUUGCUGUCAGCAUGUUGUAUUGAAGCUUCACCAUCAUGGUAUUUCACAAAUUUCCCGGAAGAAGAUAAUCAUUCCCUUGGCAAAAAAUCAUACAUUACAAGAUCCCUCAAAAAAUUUCAGUCAACUAUAAAACCACGAGGUGCAAGUAUGAUCUCUGGUCGUGGUUUUGGGCCAGGUUUCUUUGAUCCAUCCAUAAGUUAUUUCAUGACAAAGCGGGCGUCCGGAGCGGGGUCCUUGACUCCACGAGGGGCUAGUAUGAUUUCUGGACGUGGAUUUGGACCAGGAUUUUUCGACACACACAGUUACUUUGUUAGGAAGAGGAGCAUGAUGACACCAGACGAGUAUAUGCAGAGAUUAGAGCAGCUACUUGAAGCUUAG